AUGAUGAUGAAGAGUCUAAGGCAAGUGAAGAAAAGCAAAAGCUAUAGGCUUGAAAAGUGUUCACCAACAAUGGAACACCACCAAUUCACAGCUCCUGGUGAGCAAUAUUCCACAAGCUUUGUGAGCAAAAAGUCUCCUCCUCCACCUGUGGAGUUCCCAACCUCUCCGCAGCUGAUAUUUGGGGAGGAGAUUCUUCACUUCAGCCACCCUCAGCACCCUCUCUCAAUGGUGGAUCUCCCAGACCUGUUCAACUGUGUAGGCUGCAAGGAAUAUGGCUCUGGAAAGAGGUUUGUUUGCCAACAAUGUGAUUUUCAGAUGCAUGACUUCUGUGCUUUGGCUCCUCCUGCUCUCAAGGCACACCCCUUCCACUCCCAACACUCUCUCUUGUUCCACUCCAAACCAGGGAAAAGCGGAAUGGGAGGGAAAUCCAAAUGCGACGUCUGUGGGAAGCCGACGAAGGGCUUCGCCUUCCUCUGCACGGCCUGCGCCUUCCAGAUGCAUCCCUGCUGCGCCAUGCUCAACACAGAGAUCGACUUCCCGACGCAUCCCCACCCUCUCAAGAUCAUCCCAACAACCUCCUACGCCGCCCCGGACUCCGCCUCCUUCCUGUGCGCCGAGUGCAAGAAGCGCAGGUCCGGCAAGGUCUACCGCUGCACCGUCUGCGACUACCACCUCCACGCCGCCUGCGCCAAGUCCAAGAUCAACGGCCUCCUCGCUAACGGCAUCAAGCCGCCGCAGAAAUCCAGCGUCCUCGCCGCCGCCGCUCGUGUGGCCUCCCAGGUCGUUAUUGAGUUCAUCGGGGGACUCGUUGAGGGCAUCGGAGAAAGCGUUGGGGAUGCGCUUGUGCAGAACAUUACCAAGGGCAACAACACUGCUUCCCCCGCUAAUGCUAGCCCCAAACCACGUUACAAAUAA